CGGCGGGCGGGCGGAGGGCGGCGGCGGCGGCGGCGGAGGUAGAGGGAGGGGAGCGGCGAGUGAGCCGAGAGAGCGCGGCAGCCCCGCCCCGGCCCGACCCGACCUAGCCUGCGCCCCCCGCCGCCGCCGCCCUCCGCCCGCCCGGCCCGGCCCGAGCAUGUCCGCGUCGGCCUCGGGCAACGGCCCUGGGCCCGGCCCCCAGCACAGCCAGAGCCAGAGCCGGGCCAUCCCCACUCGCACCGUGCCCAUCAGCGACGCCGCGCAGCUACCUCACGACUACUGCACCACGCCCGGGGGGACGCUCUUCUCCACCACGCCUGGGGGAACCCGAAUCAUCUAUGACCGAAAAUUCCUGUUGGAUCGUCGAAAUUCUCCCAUGGCUCAAACCCCACCUUGCCACCUCCCUAAUAUUCCAGGAGUCACCAGUCCUGGAGCCUUGAUUGAAGACUCCAAAGUGGAAGUGAACAAUUUGAACAAUCAUGACAGGAAGCCUACUGUAGGGGAUGAUGCUCAGUUUGAGAUGGACAUCUGAUCAGUCUCCAGAUGACAGAAGCAGCAGCAGCUCCAAUAUCUGCAUGUACCUGAUUUGAUCAAGAGGAUUGAGAAGUGAAAAGACAGAAGAGGCAGUGGCAGCAUUCUCCACUGCAGUCUCCACCUCGUCCUCCAGGUGCCAAAGGAUCUGAAGACUAGCCCCAUUUCAUUGACUUUCUCCUCUGCUCCUGUCUCCCUGGCCCCAGUCUGACUGAAUCAAGGCAAAAGCCGAACCUCUCUUCUCCCGGCCUUCUUUCCAUCAAGGUGGAAAGCUCACUUCGAUCCCGAGCGAGAUGUCAAUGACCAGCUGAUACAGAGCUUGGGAGGGAGAUGUUGGAUUCAACAUCAUCCAUUUUCCUUCCCCUUUGGCCUCCUGUUCCCCAUGUGUUUCAGGACUGAAUGGGCAGAAGGCAGGUUGCCUGAAUGAGGGCUGCUGGGGCUGUGUCAAGGGUAGGAGGGGAAAUGAGUUGCUAGUUACUUUGACCUUGGGUGCCCCCAGGGAGGAGCGCUCUCCCAAAUGCUUCUGUGAAUCCCGGGGUCUGAUUCUGUGUCCUCCACUAACUAACUCCUCUCCCUGCCUCCACCUCCUUCCCUUUUGCGGUGUCAUGUCCACUGUCCAAGACCUCUCCCCACCCCUCCACCCCCACAGCCUGCUAUCCUUUCCCUUUACCUCCCUAUUUGAACAAAACUUUUUUAAACUUUGUACUUAGAGGGAGCCAUUAGUACUCAGCUAUUGGGCCUCUUCUCUUAUUCCUUUCCCCUGAAAUUCCUGUUUGCAGAAACUAAUUUCCCUUGUUCUUCUCCAUCUGCACCAAGGUAAAGGCAACAACCAAGGCAGCGUGGGCAUCUACUUGGUGGAUGAGUUACACUGUGCUCUUUGACUUAAACUUGAAAUAUGACCUCUUCCUAGCUGGGCUUGGGCUACAUUGGGAGACCCAGUCUCAAGAGUCAGUUUCUCUCUCAGGUUGGCAAACGAGUUUUCCAUUCUCUCUGUUGCCCUCACUUUCAUGGUCUUGUACUCCACAAAGCUGGAGACGAUCUUAGAACUGACCCAGACUUUCUCCUGGCGCCUGCCCACUGUAGCUGGCGGAUAUAGAACUGGAGAAAAAACAUGGGCUUAGUUUCACCCUUGCUGUCUUUCUCUCCCUGCCCCUGUCUUCUCCACACUUCCCACUGGACUACUGUUUCCCCGUAUUUUCUUGUAACUCUGCCAGUCUGCUUUGCAGCCUGACAUCCAAGGUACCUUGAUCUCAAUUGGUACCUGAGAACAUCUGACACUCCUAGUUUAGGAGUGAACCUUUAUUUUUAAGAUGACUACAGACCUAUUUUCUAGAAACAUUUUCAGUCAAAUUCUGAACAGCAACUUUUUCAUUAAACAUCUUCCAAUAUCAGGAAGGUGAGAGGUCUCUGUGGAACAGGCUUGCUGUUCUCAAGCCAUCAUCUCCUAUUUUCACCCAAUACUUUUGAUACCUACUUUUGUUCCUUUCCCCAUGACUGUGUGUGUGCAUGUUUAGGGUUUGUAGUGGGUAAUUCUGUAUAACCAGACCAUUCUGCCUUGUGCUUUGCCAAAGGCCAAAGCCUUCUUUUUCUUGCUCUUUCCCUUUUCUUCCUUGGCUCUAAACAGUUGGUUCCCUUUUGAAUCCCUUCUGAUUACCGCCUGUUGCUAUCCCCACCCAUCCUUCCAUAGAACUCUUUGGUUUGUUGAUUAAGUUUCUGCUGGUUCCUCAGAGUCCUGGGCUCUGACACUGAGAGCUUAGCUGCUCCCUGACUUUCACUCCACCUGUGCAGUUUUUUAAAAAGCUAUUUGUUUUCAUUCUAAACUCUGAAAAGACCCUGAUGGUGAAUACAUUUUCACAUGAGGCAGAAGGAUAUCUUAGGAACUUAAUUCUGUUUUCUACUACAAAAUGUGAAUAGUUAAAAAGGAGCGGAAACCUUUGGAAAUUAUUGAUGUUUCUCAGGAAUAAGCUGCAUCUGCAGUGUUUAGGGAAUUUUUGCGUGUAAAAAUUUGGAGAUGAGAAAAGUGGCCAUACCAAAAAAAUUACAUCCCCACUUUGGUAGCUUUCCAUGUUCUUAAAAAACUUUUACGUUGCAUGCAUAAGGGGCCCUUUUGGGAUCUCUCUGGUCCAGUUCAGAAAUUGACAUUGUGUGGCCUACAGCCCAGCAUCCAGUCUAUUGAUGGGUUUGAGCUUCAUUGUUAACAUGGGAAAGCUUGAUGGUUUCAUUGAACACAAAGUAUUGAUUAGAAACUCAAUUUUGAAACAAGGAACUAUUGUGAUAAUUUGUUUUCUCUUGAGGAGAAGGUUGCAACCAAGUCCUUUUUUCUCUUUUAAACUCGCCUCACCUCACUCUGAGACCGAAAGUCUCGACCCCAAAUGUGAGACUGUAAGAAAUGCUCUUUUGAUGCUGAUCCCAAGAAGUUUUCUGAUCUCUCUUUCAUUAAAUGAUUUUAACUAAA